AUGGGCUCCUGCUUGAUCUUGGCGGAUCCCAUUCGGCAUGUCCUUCAGGACAAUGAAAUGUGGCAUGCUCCCAUGUACAUUUCGAACUGCCCAGUCCGAGCCUUACAGCAACCCAUCCGAGCUUGUUCUCAAUCUUCCGAUUGUGGGGCACAUGAUUAUGGAGGGGGGUUCUUUGCGGAUGAAGCUGGAACUGACUGCUUUACUUGUUGGGACAAUGGAAUGUGCAGCGAGGGCGCGGAGACCUUUCGUUGCCUUUCGACCAUUGGCUGGGUGGUUACCAUCUUUUGCAGCUACAUUGGUUUUGCUCUUUUCUUUACAGGUGUCUUGUGGAAUUAUGAUUUAGUCACCAAGAUUAGGAGGAAGUGGAAAGCCUUGACCUCAUCCUAA